UCUGUCAUACGAAUCAAACGAAACGGUGAAACAGCUGAGUGAGAACCUCCAUUACGAAGAACACGAGUCGAAAAUAUCAUAUUACAAAAUGUCUGCAAAAACACUUUGUUUUCUCCUGGUAAUCCUGGUGAUAUCUUACGACAUUGAAGCAUUCACAGCCGGCGCUGGAAAUAUUGGAAGCAGAGGAAUGAAAAGAGGCUUAGUAAACAAGGUAAGGUGUUAUCACGGACGCAAAACUAAGAAUUUUUUUAAACCAAACCAAUAACAAAUUUUUGCCAGUUUUGAACUAGUUCGAUGUCACAAAGAGGUCAUGGCAAUUUCUCUAAUAUAGUGAGUCAAAUCAGUUUUCAAAGAUAUUCCUUCGUUCUUUUUGUGCUUAAUUUUAUGAUUCCCCACAAAACGCAAACUUUAAUUUCUAGCUAAUAUUUCAUCGUGCAGUAAAGUAAAAUUGGCUAUGUGAAAAUAUUGUUUGAAAACCGUAUAUCAAGAAUUGGUUUCAAUUUUACUCGCUGUAAAAGUGAAUUCGGUGGAACCGACAACAAGAAUUACCCGUGGGGAAGUGAUUGAAGAAAGAAGCAUUAAACUCUUUCAAGAUUCGUGAAGCAUCAGUCAAUUUUCCAUUUUUCUUUUUUUUGCUCAAAUUUCCAAGCUUUCUCUCUGUAUUUUUGACGUUUUACAGCAACAGUAUGUGGAAAUAGAUUUUUGCAAUUUUCUUUGUAAUAAGCGUUUGCUGUCUUAAAGUCAAUAUAUUCGUAAAUUACUUAUAAAAAAUAAAUGCUUCGUUGUUGAUUGAGCCAACUCUAAAUACAUUGUGCGAAAGUCAGCCAUAAAUGCAGCCUUACACUUUUACAGAAGAAGCACUGUAAUUAAUCCUUUAUAUAAAAAGUUGAUAGUUUUACUAGGCUAGUGUUAGGCCUUGAAGGGGGGCAAAGGAAAACCGUUUUCUUCAAAGUAGGAAAAAUGCGGGCUAUCGAGGCUUCUCCAAAGACCAGAAAUAUAUGGAAGUGAGAUUGAUCAGAAUUUAUAACUUUAACUAUUCACUUUUAAUAUUUCACUGUAACGACUUUUAAUCUCGUUCCGGCUCAUAAAUUCAUAUUGAUUUUGUGCAUAUGAUUUUGAAAUAUUUGAAAAUUUAUGGUCACAGGAACGCCAUUUUCGGCAGGAUGGGCAGUUGAGAUCAAUUGUUGAGGCUAUUUUAAUUUUUUCAGCGGCAGAAUCAUUGUGACUGAGGGUGGGGGGAGCAAUUGCAAGCCCAACUAGUUAUGGUAGCUAGUUUUAAAAAAAGGAAGUUGGAUGCGGUAGUUUGACUGAAAUAUGUAGGUUGCAAAAAAUCAUAAUCUAACUCAAUUUAAACUGGAUAUAUUUGGAUAUGAUAGAUAGUGGGGCUGCACUUCAAAUUGCAUAAAACAUCCGCCAAAUUUUCUAGUUUUCUUCUGGCUGAAGUCACUCACCAAGGCUUCUAGCUUUUAAAUCUUUUUAGAAUUUGUGAGUACCGGAUGGGCCAUCAGGAAAAGGGGACCUAUAACCGAGACGUGGUGAACUGCAUGCAUUGUUUUAUUAAGUCUCUUGAGUUUCAUUUUUGGCAUUAUCUUUUAGGACUUUUAGACACAACAUUUUGGCAUACAUUUCAAUCGGUAAACAAAGGUUUGGUCAUGAGAAUACUAAAACACCCUUUUAAGGGACCAACGGGACCCUUUCUACGGGGUGGGAGGUGGAUGGGUAGAGAUAUACUUCACUAGAGGGGCUGACAUUGGCACGGGGGGACUUGCAUGCCAAAAGUGGCCAUGCACUCAAAUAAUGGAGGGUGCCCUUUACUGGAUUUCUUGAGGGAGUCUUGCAGGGAAAACUGAUACAGUAUAAAUGUUUAUCAACAUACUGGGUCUCUAUAUAGACGCAGCUCAAUUAUUAAAUUUCCAGAAUUGAUCAUACUGCAGCUCUUCUUUUACAGCUAGUAAAACCUGUACUGGUGUGAUACAAACGGGUCGAAUGAGUUCUUCUUACUGGAAAUUUUAUAUUUCUUUUUCAUUUUGACCUGAAAACAUAUUUAUUAUAUAAACAUAAGUGUUAUAUAUCAUUUGUUGUAAAACGCAUUGCCACGGACGUUUUAUUGUUUUUCACUGAAUUUUGUUUAUAUAAUAAACAGAAAAAUACAUGGGUGCUUGGAAAUACCAGAUUUAUUUCUCGUGUUGAACAUGAUAUCUCACUCGUUCGCUGCGCUCACUCGUGAGAUAUCAUGUUCAACACUCGAAAUAACUGAUCUGGUAUUUCCGCGCACCCAUGUAUUAUUCUCUAUAUAUACAGCUAUUUCAAUUAAGGUUGUCUACGAACAAAGCGGAAAAGUCGAAUACGAGCGCGAAAGGCUGCUGGGAAUCGCUCAUUAAUUUGAUAGCGAUUCCCAGCAGCCUUUCGCGCUCGUAUUCGACUUUUCCGCUUUGCUCGUGGACAACCUUAAUUUUGAAAUAGCUGUAUACAAGUGAAUUGGCCUCUUGACUUGAAAGCAUAUAUAUACAAGUGAAUUAACCUCUUCGCGACUCUCCUUAGCCCUCUUAUAUAGGCAUGCUUUCCCGCGCGUUUUGUUCCUUGCAAAUUUGGUCUCAACUGCUCGCUGCAUGAGCUUAUAGCAAUAAUUAUAUAAAAAAUUAUCAAAGUUUUCAUCAAUAUUCUCGUUUUAUCGGGCUUGAAAAUAAAACAUAGAAGAUGUUCGCAUGCCCGCCUCUCAACUUCAAAUUAUUAAUUCAGCAUAAAUAUUAAAUACAGACAGAUGUGCAGCUGUUCACGACUUUAUAGGGGGGGGGGGCUUUAUAUACUGAGUAGCUACUGAUAUAUUGUUUUUUGGAUGGAAGAUUUAAAUUUCAUAUGUUUACAAAAUGUUGGAUGUUUGUUCACUGAAAUGGUUUCAAACAUAUAUCUGAAUUGUUCUCAGGAUUCUUCAUAUUCUUAAAAUCAUAUUUCAAUGAAUAACGGCUGUGAGAAUUAUAAUGAGAUGCACGACACUAGUAUAUCCGUCAUGUUCAGUUUUUUAGAGAUAUUAAUAUGAGCGCAAAUAUUAUUUGAACUAGACUAAUUAUAAACAUAAAUUCCGCGCCUUGUCGAAAUUUAUCAUUCAAUUAAGAUUAAGACAACUGGAAUAUUAAUCUAGAUUUAUAUGCGGUUAAAAUGUUAUUAAUUAUGGAACUGACAUAGUAAAUAGAUAUAUAGUGCUGCCUUGCAUGCAUGCCUUAUAAUUGAGAAAAUAUCAUAUUUUGAAGCCAAAAUCAGACCGUAUAUCCAUAGAUUAUAAUUAAGCAACGGUCGAAUGGCAAAAAACGGAAUAAAGAAAGUGAAAUGACUAAAAAGUAAAAAGAAUAGUGAAAAAGUCAGACACUGUUAAAAUUCCUUCGAUGUAUAAGCGAGCAAACAUUCACAAGUUAAUUGAAUUCAUGGACGUGUGACUUCAGCAUCAUUGUGCAGAACAUGAAUUUUUCAAAAUCUAUUCCAUCUACAAUUAUAAUAAAUUUACUGAAAAAUAACAACAUAUUGGGUUAGAAACCUACUAGAAAUGACACAGAGUCAGAAACGAGAUACGCGGUAUUUUUAAAACAAUGGCAAAUGCACGUUUAAAAAUCUCGAUACAAAAUUCGCGAGAUAUCGAUUGAGUCUCAGAAUAAAAAUAAUAUUGAAAUGCCGAAUUUGCUAAAUACAAUAGUCCUCUUGAUGUUCUUAAGAUUGAAAAUUGAUUACAUCAUAUAUUUAAUAACAUAGAUUGAAAUUUCGCAAGAUAUUUCGCGAGAUUACGAGGAGUAAUGCUACGAAAAAUUUGUCGCCGCCCUUUUCAAUGAGAAGUAUUAAGCACAAGACUCAAGAUUUCAAAAUUUUCUGGGGAAUCCACGGAAUCGAUCGAGUUUGUGGCCUGUUCCCACCACACCAUUCAUUAUUCGGUCACCUAUGCCAUGGAAAUUGAUCUACAGGCAAUUGAUCUAAUUUAAUGUUAAUUUAAAUUUAAUCACAAACUUGUAAAAUUUCAAUAAAGUUUCAAUAAGAUUCAAUAAAAGUUUCAAUAAGGAAAUCAGGGUUGCAUGCCAGAUUGUUGAAUAAAUAAGCCAAACAUUGUUAUAAACGGCCCUUUGAUGUCUUUGUUUCGAACAAAAAAAACAAAAGGUUAUAAUAAUAUUUGGCUUAUUUAUUCAGCAAUCUGGCAACCCUGAUGGAAAUUAAGGUUGCAGGACAUCCUUUUUGGCGUUUUGCGAAAAAUCGCUUCUGCGCGCUCAAUAUCAGUCCGAUUUUCAUCAAAUUUUCACCAAAUGUUCUCCAGUGCAUGCAAAACAUGGUAAAGUUGUAAAAUGAACAAACAAUAAAAUAAUGUAAGAAUUAUUCAGGAAAAUCUUAAAUCGCGGUACCGUUACGCUUUUGAGUUGUGCUCCUGCUGGUUUUAAGUUAUAUUUAUAAAAAUAUCAUUUUUAUACCGGUACAGUAAAAUAGUUGUUCUAAAAAAUAGUGUUCGGAAAUUUUUGUUUAUUUCGUCAUUCCGCUGAUAUGGCGAUUUCUUUGACGACUGCAAUAUAUUUCUGAAUUGUUUGAGUGAAUUGCUCUUUAUUUUUAAAAUAUCCUAAAUUAAACAAAAACCCAAAAACAAUUUUGAAACUGACGUCUUUAGCUAUGUCCUGUGACAAUUUGAGAACAAUUGGUUAAAACCCGCAGGAGCACAACUCAUUUGAAAAUCAGUAAUUACCGUAAACUUUUUCGGGAGAAAAUUGAAUUUGAAUAUUACAUUUUCAAUGUUUUUCUUAUUGCUGCGAAAUGUAUUUUAUUAAAUAACUCUACGAGUUUUUAACAUUUUUCGUUCAAACUUGGUCAGAUAGUAGAACUAGUCUAAUGCUUUCAUGGAAACCAAUAAAAAAAUUUUAGGCAAAAUUAACACUCAAAAGUGUUCUGCAACCUUAAUAAAGAGUUCAUCAUAAAUUUGGCUGAUGUUUGUUUAAUAUACAAAUCAGAUCCUUAUAUGUUUUUUUUAUAUUUUAGGACUUCAGAAUCUUCAAAAACAUUUGUACAUGGGCGAGUGAAUACUGUCCUUCAAACUCUGAUAACCGGUAUGCAACGAGAGUUGCAAAGAACGAAGAAACUCCGAAUAUCCUGGAAACGGGAGAAGAAAUUCUGUCACAGAAAUGAACCAUAAAUACCCAUAUCAACGUGUAUUUUAUUUAAAUCAUUUGAUGAAAUAAAUUGAGAAAUAAGAACGAAAGACCAAAGAAUAUGUUGUUAUAUCUAUUUGAUUUUAUGUUGUAAUAAUAAAAAUGCAAUUCGAAGAUUAUUUAAUAUAUUGCCUAUAAAUUAUGUUACCCUUUGUUAAUCUUGUAUCAGGAUCUUUUAUAGUUAUACUUGUUGUAUUCAGUGUAUUCACGCAGUAAUGAAUUCGCACAGACGCAUUGUUCUGUUAUUAACAGAGGUCCCCGAUUUCAUAGGUGCGCGAUUUCAAAUUAAAGAUGUGCUCUGUAACAUGCGAUACAAAAAUAUUCCUGGAUAAAUAUUUCCACAUCCAUGCAGUGACGCAAAAGACGAAGAGGAUAUUAGAAAUGAUUAUUUAUUGCAAAUAAUUCAAGAGUCUUGAUUGGCUAAGAGCUGUCUGUGAAAUCGUCAUAUCCACUUGGUAGCUUCCCAAAUUUGGAGUUAUGACAUCACCGUGGAAUAUGGAAAACAGAUUCACCACGUUUGACGUAAUUUCGUGUUAUAUUGAAAAACAAUGUAACAUGCUAUGACGUCAAGCUAAUUUAUGCGGCUUAUGCCAAAAGCGGGAAAGUACAAAAGGUGAGAAAAGCAGUGACUGGAGAGAUGUGCAGGUUUGAAUUACUUUUGUAGAUGCAUGGAAAUUUGGAAACAAAAGUAUAUCAUACAUAUUCAGAAUAAAAGGAAGUAGUUUCUGAAACGUCAUAUACAAACGUCAGUCGAGAUUUGUAGUGCUAUCAAGCUUUACACAAAAU